CUCCUUUUCUCUCCGGGGAGCGCUCGCUUGUUCCUUUUUUCCCUUUGACGCCCGCAGAAUCGAGUCUACGAGACAACUUCUUUAACGAAUCCACUGGACUGGCGCCGUCCUAUUGAGACGCAAGAGGCAUAGAAACAAACCGGCAUCAGGAAGUUGCAUGACGAGGGCUGUUAUUGCUCGGGCCGGACAGAAGCGAUGGGACACCCGGGAUGGAGAGGACGGACGCUCGUGCUGUGGGUCGCCGCCGUCUGCCUGGUAUCAGCGGACGGACGGAGAGUGAGGCAGCCCAGAUGCCCCCCUGGAUGUACCUGCACCAAAGAUAAUGCCCUGUGCGAGAACGUCCGAUCUGUGCCCCACAGCUUCCCCUCCGACGUCGUCUCACUAUCCUUUGUCAAGACUGGCUUUAACGAAAUCAUCGGGGGAAGCUUUGUUCACACGCCUGCCCUGCAACUGCUAUUGUUCACAGCAAACUCAUUUGACCUAAUUGACGAAGAUGCAUUUUUGGGUUUACCACAUCUUGAAUAUCUAUUUAUUGAAAAUAACAAGAUUGCAUCCAUUUCUCCAUUUGCUUUCCGGGGCCUUAAAGCACUGAUACAUCUGAGUCUGGCUUACAACAACCUUGAAACUCUCCCCAAAGAUGUUUUCAGUGGCAUGGACGCUUUGACCAAAGUGGAUCUCCGAGGCAACAACCUGGUAUGUGACUGUAAGCUGAAGUGGCUGGUGGAAUGGAUGCACAGCACGAACGCCACCCUGGACCAGAUCCACUGCAGCGGUCCACCCAGCCACCAGGGGAGGAAAAUCAAUGACCUGCUGCCACACUCCUUUGACUGCAUCACAGCAGAGUUUGCCUCCUAUCAGUCGCUGAAGUUCGAGUCUAUUUCGGUGGAGGCCUUCACCUUUGGCAUGGAUCAGUUCGUCGUGUUUGCCCAACCUUUUGCUGGAACGUGCAACUUCCUGGAAUGGGAUCACGUCGAGAUGACCUUCAGGACCUACGACACCAUUGAAAGCACCUCCACUGUGGUCUGCAAGCCGAUGGUGAUCAACAGCCACCUCUUUGUGAUCGUGGCGCAGCUGUUCGGGGGCUCACACAUUUACAAGCGCGACACCUCGGCCAACAAGUUCAUCAAGAUCCAGGACAUCGACAUCCUGAAAAUACGCAAACCUAAUGACAUUGAGACGUUUAUGGUCGAUGGGGAGUCAUUCUUCGUGAUCGCUGACAGCUCUAAGGCCGGCUCCACGACGGUGUACAAAUGGAACGGCAACGGCUUCUACUCCCACCAGUCGCUCCACCCCUGGUACCGGGACACGGACGUCGAAUACCUGGAGAUCUCCAACAAGCCGCACCUGAUCCUGUCCAGCAGCUCCCAGAGGCCUGUUGUGUAUCAGUGGAACAGGCUCCAGAAGCAGUUCGACCGCAGGACCGACGUCCCAGACAUGGAGGACGUCUUGUCUGUGAAGCACUUCCGCGUCAAAGGUGACCUGUUUAUAUGCUUGACAAGAUUCAUUGGGGACUCCAAGGUGAUGCGCUGGGACGGUGCCAUGUUCAAGGAGGCCCAGACAUUUCCGUCCCGCGGCUCCAUGGUGUUCCAGCCCGUCUCCAUCGGCAACUGGCAGUACGCCAUCUUGGGCAGCGAUUACUCUCUGACGCAGGUCUACCAGUGGGACAGCAAGAGGGGCCAGUUUGUCCCAUCCCAGGAGCUGAAUAUCCAGGCGCCUCGGGCAUUUUCCCGCGUCUCCAUUGACGACCGGGAGUUCCUGCUCGCAUCCAGCUUCAAGGGGAAAACACAGAUAUAUGAGCACCUUAUGAUCGAUCUGAGCAUCUAAAUCCUUCGUAAAUCCAUAAACGUCUCCUUCUGUAGUUUUUACGUCAGUUGCUUUAGAAACCACCUAAAAGUUUCAUCUAGGCUUAAAAGCUGUCUUGAGCAGAAUCUUAGACUGUUAGAUCAUUCAAACGCUGAGUACAGCGGGAUAGUUUGAGGUUAAGUGUCUGAAAUCCUCCUUCAGCUUAUCACUACUGAGACUUCACCCACAUUGUUAGUUUAGUCCUGUAUUUUCCUUUUGAUGCCCUCCUCUUUGGGAAUGCCUUAUUCUCCAUCAGCUGACUGUGCUACAGGGAAACUAAUUACAGUGUUUACUGCUGCAUUUGAUAAUUGGGUAUUUUUGAUGACUACAUUCAAGUAAAUGAUUGCAAAUAUUUUCUUGAGAAAAAGAGGCAAAGCAAGUUCAUAUAAAUACAAAUUCAUACAAAUAUAAAAUUCAGGGUGGAGGUUCAUCUCAUCUAUUUGUAAUUAUAGGCUUCUUCUGUGGUGGUGAAUGUGGGGAGUCCCACACGUUCACGUUUUCACUGUCUGAACAGUAGAAACGACAGGACGGGCUCGUCAACCUGCGUCCCAUCAGCCUUCUGGCUCCACUUUACACAUCGAUUGGUUCAGUGCGGGGAACAAAGAAGCCACGGACGCCGUGAGAAACGGCGGGUGGGCGUUCGGUCGCUCUCGCGGCUGAGCAAGACUGUCCACAGACGCUCGCAGCGUCGCUUCCCGAUGAAUGCCUCGCUAGAAGCGUCCCACUGUGUCGCCCCGGCCCUCUCGCUUUCACUGCACUCUUGCCCCUUUUCUCCCUCAUUGACAAAACCCAUUGUUGUCUCUUCCACUAAAAGCCGGCCACUGUGCAGCUACCUGUGCUUUCACACGGUACUCUUCCUCCGACACAAAAGAAGCAGCGACUAACAAGUUCACUGACAACAAUUUGCCAAAUAUAUUGUUUACGUUUCUACAAUGCUUUGUACAGUAAUUUAUAUAAUGCUUUUGUAUGUAGAGGGGACCAGUCAGUGUUUUAUUUUCCUAGAUUGAGUGUAGAUAUGAUGUGUAACAUUUUAUUUAUUAGCACAGACUUACUGUUCUGUACACGUGUCAUUUUACUCUAGCUGGGCGAUGAUAGAGGACCUUCGCUAUCGCUUCGCCAUCUUGUUGCUGACUUUCAUGUACAGUAGUAAUAAAUACUAAAACGCUGCAUCGUAAAA